AAGCGAAGUAGCGUGGACAGGCAAUUAGUCGCUUACUGAUCCCCAGGAGUUUCGUAAUUUCACGGAAACCCCUUCGACAUGCAGGAGGUCGUAAUGUGCACAAUAACUUAAAGAAUCCUGACAUUUAACUUCAGUGGUCAGAAGCAGAGGUGGUUCUACUGAUGAUCGGCGUAGCAGCAGUCAACGGCCAGAAGGGCAGUGACGGGUUCACGGACGACGAACGACCUUACGAGUUCGGAUUCAACAUAGAGGGAUAUCAACACCGCCACGAGAAGAAAGAUAAGAAUGGCAUUAUUAUGGGGGAGUUCGGCUUCAUCACAGCAGAUGGCAUCUACCACGUGACUGUGUACGCUACAGAUGAAAAUGGUGACUUCAGGAUCCUGAAGAUGAAAAACAUCAAAGUCGGGUUCCCUCCGGGAAGCGCAGUGAAUUCCACGACUCCUAAAGCAGCAUCCCCGAUACCACAGCCCACUCCAAAGCCAGUAAGUGGACCUGGAGCGAUCAGCCACAGCCCUGAAACUGAAGCAAAACAUUUUACCAACACCCCCAAACCUACGAGUGGGGCCGCGACUACCAUCAGCACGACACUUCCAACCACCACGAAGGCCAAAUUCAACGAUGGGUGCGGUUCUUGCAAAGUCCCUGUACCGACCACGAAAGCACCGAUCCCACCUGCGUCAGGUCAACUGCGACCCCAUCCACCAGCAAAAGGAAUUUUGGGCACAACGGGUGCAUUUGGAUCGCCUUCCCCACCCGGAAGUGGCCAGCCUCCAGCAGCUGGAAUCUUUGCCACGCCACGUCCUUCUUCUGGAGGAGCACCUUUAUUUGGAGGCACACAGCCUCCAGCAGGUGGAAUCUUUGCCACGCCACGUCCUUCUUCUGGAGGAGCACCUUUAUCUGGAGGCACACAGCCUCCAGCAGGUGGAAUCUUUGCGACGCCACGUCCUUCUGCUGGAGGAGCACCUUUAUCUGGAGGCACACAGCCUCCAGCAGGUGGAAUCUUUGCGACGCCACGUCCUUCUGCUGGAGGAGCACCUUUAUCUGGAGGCACACAGCCUCCAGCAGGUGGAAUCUUUGUCACACCAACUCCUCCUUUUAGAGGCGAACCCUCACCUGGAGGAACAUCACCUCCACCUCGUCCUCUUUUUGGUUCUACUGGAGGAAUACAUUCUCCACCUGCAGGCCAACAAUCUCUCACAGGUGGCACACAGACUCCACCUGGAGGUAACACCGAAAAACUUGCUCCAAUAGGAGUUAAUUUCGGUGGAACGCCUCCUGCAAGCAGCGAAGUUCCACUGGGAGUCGAGAGACCCGGUCUACCGAAUGGAAUCACAGAAGAUGAUGUCAUGAAGCUGCUGUACAGGUUCAACUACACUGUGGGUUUCCAUGGGCACAACGAAGAUGGGUACAGGAACGGAGACAAAGUUGGAGGAUACUUCGUUAAUGGAAGAAACGGAAUUAGUACACAGGUGAAAUAUGUCGCAAAUGAGUUUGGGUACCAACCAAAUGUGACGUUCAUACCUCUCGGGCCAGACUCGCCUGAUACACCCAAAGAGGACAGCGAGAAGAACUAUGGGCUGAAGGGAUAUGCUUUCGAAUGGUUCUACAGAAGAUGAGACCACGAUCUACAAAGUGGGUUCCCCAUAAUUUCUACGUGUUCAUUUACGGUACAAUAAACAGUGCAUCCCCUGAGAUUAUUCAUGUUUACAAGAAUAGAAAUUAUAAAUAAAAUAUUUCAUUAGGCUAAAAUACAUGCCAUGGUAUUAGCGAAAUCCUGAAAACAUCACAUCGUAUGAAGCUUGGCAGCCGCUCGAUUUGUUCCAACUACAAAAUGAAGCAUGGCACAGAUAAUUCUUACACUACAAGUACGUCCUUUGUAACUGUCAAUAAUAUGACCUCAACUUAAACCACGUCCACUGACAGCCAAGUUAUAGAAUGAUAUUUCAUGAAACGGGCGUAGGAAGGACACAAAGUCCUCGGCAGUGUAUCUACUCCUGAUGAUGGAGGAGUAUGGACAAUUUGUGGGAUUAUGACAGGCAAGGGAAACAGCUGCUCAGAGAAAGCCUUGCCUACACCUUCAGUCCACUGCAAAGAGGAAUAAGACUUAUCUUGAUCUGGCAAAAACGCCUGUGACUCUAUCCACGACUGUUCCAGUUACCUCCUACCAUAAUAUGUCUUACGUCAGUUGGCUCUUUUAAUAACGCGUGUCAGUAGCUCCUAAGUUACAAUGACAUUAUACAAAGUGGGUACUAACUUCAAAUAACCGUUCCUUCCUAAUAUAUUGUCUAAAUGCUCGUCAAUUAGAAGCUCCAGAUCAAAUUCGAACUCUUAACGCCAUACGCACAUUCACGGCCUGUAUUAAUUUAACUGCGUUAGAAUUUUCAUUAAAGCAUCUUUAUGUAGGAAGUAAAACAAACACAGUGUGCCUGAGUAAGUUCUGUGUGGAACUGGAAAAUCAUGGCAAUUAUGCACCGUGGAGUACAGGAGGCAGUCGAGGCUAUGUCAAACAACUCUUCUGGAAAUCGCCUGGAGUGACAAAGGAAAACCUCGUGCAGGAAAACCUAUGCCAUGCCAAAGACUCAAAUACAAAGUGCUAGUCUGCCCAUAAUCUUCUAUUAUAAAAACUGUACAAGUUGAAGAACUGCACAUAACAGCUCCAUAGUUUGAAAAAGUUUAGUAGCAAAAUAUCUACAGAAAUUACUUUGGCAUCAACAGAGUAAGGGAAAGAAUCAGAGUUAUUGUGUACGAUAUUAAGAAGCUUAUUUAUUGAACUAUUUAACGACUCUUUUAAAAACUCAGGUGUUACAUGGUCCAGAAUCAGAUAAGAUGAUUCAGAGGAAUGUUGAUGGAAGAAGUAAUGAUCCAUUUUACUGCAUUAUCCCAGAACUUGACUAGUAGGGCUGAGGAAGACCACGAAAGGCUUAUGCAGGGUAGUCAGUGUGUCCCAGUUAAGUUUUGGACAGAGCUCCACUCAAAAAUGAAAUAAGCCCUACUGCACAGCCUCCUUUUGACCUCCAUUCUAGCAUCGCUGCCCAUUCCUUGGUUUCCUAGCAAGCCUGUCUUCUGAACUGACAAGUUUCGAUGUUGCAUUUCAAACUCAUGCCACUAUUCUAGCACCAAGAAAAAACUUCAACAGUGUGACAACAGAACUACGAAUAAAUCUGAUCAACUUUCCAAAGUCUAUAAAUAAAAAUACUGCCAAGAAAAUGGCAUAAAAUUAUGCAUACUAAGAACUUUACUUAUACCUUAAGUUCCUUGAGUACAACACAAUCAGUAUACGUAACAAUCACACUAGUAAGCAAUUUGAUUUGCUUCUCAAGUUACACCAAUAUAAAUCAUUUCAAGAAAAUGACAAUAAGACAAGCUACAUCUCCAAUUUCUGGAAUAAGAAGAUUUCAAAAGAAUUAUGAUGAAAGUAAGAAGACACUCUUCAUUAAUCCCUCAGUAACAGCACCAUUUUAAAUGUGGCAAGAGGUGCACGUAGGAUAAAUACAAAAGUGAGGCGCAGACACAAUUAGAGAAAUUAAUAACAGGAAAAAGUUUCCAGCACAUGCUGUGCUCCACAGAUAAAUUUAAAGAUACAUAUCAUACUAAAAUGCAUGGAAGUAUACAUUAGAAGUAGAAUAAUGGCAGGCACCAAAGAGAGAGCCUCAUGUAGAAAAUUGUUAAAGGAAUAUAAUAUUCUUCCACUAGCAGAAAAUUCUUGCUCUUGUUAUCAUCAUUUGUAGUGGACAACACAC